UUUUUAUUCCCAAUAAAUUAUAAGAUCCUCAUACGGAUCUUUAAGCGGCUCGUCAACGGUUUUUGGCGUGCGAUUGCUCUCUCCAAGCUUAGCCAUCUCAAGGCAAGUUUGGAACUUGAUCAAUUAUAUCAGUCAAUAAAAAUAAAAUGACUGCUCCAAAGGAUAGCAACGCCGGUACCGGACCAGAAAUUGACAGUAUUAGUCCUAUGCUCACAUUCAACAAGAAAUCUGAAGAUUUCAAACGAGUGGCGGAGUUAUUCGAAACGAGCAAUGUGGAUAUUUCUACACCGAUGCCUCUCAGGAACAAAUGGGUUAUAUGGGAGCAGAUUGUAAAGGGGCAAGACUCAAGAAAUAGCAACGACUAUAAAUGUUAUACCAAGCCACUCGUUUCAUUUGACUCAGUCCAGAGUUUCUGGAACUUGUGGUUUAACAUUCCCCAACCCAGUGAGCUUUCUACAACGCAACGCCUCUCUCGUGAAUGUACUGAUGGCUCGAACCAUAUAGUGGAUGCCAUCAUGGUAUUCAGGGAUGGAAUAGAGCCCAUGUGGGAAGAUUCAAUGAACAAGGAUGGUGGACACUUCGAUUACAGGUUCAAGCCAGGCGAUGUCAGUGCAGCCACUGUCGACGAAUAUUGGAACAAUAUAGUGCUAGGUUUAAUUGGAUGUAGCAUGCCACACGCCAAUUUGAUCAAUGGCGUGCGUUUGGUUGACAAACUUGCGGGAAGAUUCCCCGUAAUACGUAUCGAAGUCUGGUUCCAGAACCUUGGAGAUUCCAACGAUGCGACACAGUUAAUGAAAUCUAUCGGUACAUGUAUGGCCCGUCGCCUGGAUGGAUCUGUAGGAGUUAUUCCUAAAGGUGACCUCAAGUGGCAUUAAGUCACACAUCUUAUAUUACACA